UGCUGACAUAUUGUAGUCGUUCGUCUUCGUGUUCGGUCUAGGAAAAUAAUCCUGGUUUUUAAAAACGGCUGAUACUGUUGGUUUACGCGUUAUUUUUAUCGUGAAUACGCGUCGGUUUUCGAGAUGAUUUGGAACCUGAUUUUCGUUUCAAUACUUGGAUUCAUUGGAUCAUAAUAUAUGUGGUUCCAGGUUAUACUGUAUAUAUUGGAUAGAAAUAUUUACUCUAAAAGUACCUAUAUGUCAAAUCGACUAAAGGGGUCAUCGAAACAAUUUAGAUAGAGAGUUUGGCUCUAGGUGCGGUUAAGGAGGAGGACGAAGAGGGAAAGGAAACAGCAAGAAUGGCACGCGACACAAAACAUAACCAUUACGAUGUUGGGAUAAUAGAUGAUUUUGGUCCUAAUACAAACGGGAUGUCAGUUCUCGAAAAGGGACUCUUCCUACAGAUGGUGUUUUCGACUACCGAAGAAAUUUUAACCGUGAAUACUAGAAGUUUACAUGGGACCUUAAGAGAAAACGGAAAAAAAAGGACAUCAAUAAAGAUGAAGAGCAACAUCGCCAGCAUCAAUUUUUUUCAAGGGACAUCGAGGCGUCAUCGUAAUCAUUGGCUUCGUGUUAAUUGAUGACCUUAUUACCACCCUUGACCAGCAGUGGUCAACGGAUUUUAUGAAUACAAUUUGUCAUUGACCUCAUGCCAGCUCUGAUUUCUUUUUCCCAAAAAAUUGAGAAACUGUAGGAAGGAGGAAGGAGGAACUGAAAAGGAGAUGUACCAUUACACCAGGGAGAAAUCACCUAAAUCUUCGAAUUAUAUU